AUGGAGCUCGCCGUUGGUGCCUCCGAGAGCGCCAUGAGAUCGUUGCUGGGCAAGCUUGGCAGCCUCCUUGCUCAGGAGUACACGCUUAUCACCGGUGUCCGCAGCGAGAUCCAGUACAUGAACAAUGAGCUCUCCAGCAUGUACGCCUUCCUCCACAGGCUCACCCGCGCCACUGCAGCCGGUGCCACCCACGAUGAACAGACCAAGGACUGGAUCGAGCAGGGCCUCCUCCUCAACCUCCGCCGAGCGUGGUACACCAUGACCACGCUAUGGGCGCGCCGGGACGUCGCCUCCAAGAUCAUCGACCUCAAGAACCGCGCACAUGAAGUCGGCGAACGCCGCACGAGGUACGGCGUGAAGGACCCCAAGGAGGACCCAAGACCCAUCCCGAGCAGCAAGCAGGGUGGGACAGUUCGCCAGUAUGGCACCGAUCAACUCCAACCUCUUGCGCCGCAGCUCAUCGGUAUAAUGGCGCGAGUGGGACAGGAGGAUGCCAUUGCUGAGCGUGGGCGGUGGCUGACAGAAUCAGAGGGUGACGUGAGGAUUCUCGCCAUCGUCGGAUUUGGUGGGCUCGGUAAGACGACGAUGGCGCUGGCACUGCAACGCAGAUUUGGGGAGAAGUUUGAUUCCCGGGCAUGGGUGCAGGCUUCGCAGAAACUGAACCUGCAGUCGCUGCUGAGAGGCAUUCUGGAGCAGGUCAUGCCGUGGCAGGAUACCGAGCGCGGAGGCGGCACUGGCACCUCAGAGGGCCGUGCCGAAGGAAUCGAAAGCUGGGGUGUGAAACAGCUCAAGGAGAAGCUCAAAGCACAGCUGGGACAGAAGAGAUACUUUAUCUUCAUAGAUGAUGUAUGGUCUGUAACGUCAUGGAAAAACAUUUGGGAAUCUUUGCCCAGAAAUCAGAAGGGAAGUAGCAUAGUGGUGACUACUAGGUUCAAGUCUGUAGCAAAUGCCUGCUGCCAUGAUAAAGAACAUAUCUACAUGCUUGAACCACUCCCUCAUGCAGCAUCCACACAGUUGUUCUUCGAAACAGUUACUGAUCCAAAGCCAGAAGAAUUCAAAGAAACAAAGGAUGAAAUUAUACAGAAAUGUGGAGGUCUACCUUUGGCAAUAGUUGCAGUGGCAGGGCUCUUAGCCAGAAGAGAUCUGACAGAAAAGAGCCAGUGGGAAACAGUGAAAGAAUCUCUAAAUUCAGACUUGGAUAAGAAACUUACUCCUGAGGGCUUGACACAAAUUCUUAAUCUCUGCUACAAUGAUUUGUCUGCCGAUCAGAAGAAUUGUUUGUUAUACUUGAGCAUAUUCCCGAAAGGUUGCAGCAUCAACAGGAAGCGAUUAAUCAGGCGAUGGAUAUCUGAAGGUUUCAUUGCUGAGAAGGAUGGGAAAACAGUAGAGGAAGUUGCUGAAGACAGUUUCAAUGAGCUCAUAGGCAGAAGUAUAGUCCGGGCAGUGGAACAUAGCACCAAUGGCAAGGUGAAGUCUUGCCAAGUUCAUGAUAUGAUCCUUGAAUAUAUUGUCUCCAAGUCAAGCGAAGAGAAUUUUAUCACUGUUAUUGGAGGUCACUGGCUCACAGGAACACCAAGCAACAAAGUCCGCCGGCUUUCUCUUCAUAACAGCAAUCCUGAUGAUAUUAAAGAGAAAAUAGAGAACAUGAACUUGUCACAUGUCCGAUCGCUAACAGCGUUUGAGAAUUUGCAUAAUCUGCCUUCUUAUUCAUUCAAGUCUGUUAUACUGCAAGUGUUGGAUCUAGAAGGUUGCAAGAACUUAAAUACCAAUCAGUUGAAGAAAAUUUUUAAGAUGUUUCAACUGAAGUACCUGAGCCUACGCAAUAUGUACAUCAAGAAGCUCCCGUCAGAAAUUGGAAAACUCCAAUAUUUGGAGACACUGGAUGUUAGGGAGACAAAUGUAACAGAGUUGCCUUCAUCCAUUGGGCGGCUCCAAAAAAUGGUCCAUCUGCUUGGUGGCAAUAAAUCCACACGUCUUUCCUUGAGAUUCACUGAAGAAAUUGCAAAGAUGACAGCGUUACAGACCCUAUCAGGGAUUGAGAUUAAUAGGGAUUUAACUCCAGACCUUGGAAGCAUGCACAGCCUCACCAGAUUGAAGAAAUUAAGCAUCUACAACCUAAGAGACUUCCAUACCAGCAACAAGUUAUUGCCUGCUAUUGAGCACCUAACUGGCUACUCCCUUAAGUCUCUUGCAAUCGACGAUGGUUUCUCGGGCUUUCUUAAUUCCAUGGAUGAUUUAUCCACCCCACCAAAAUACAUUCUCUCACUAGAUAUUUCUAGCAAAUUGUUUCGUGUGCCUAAAUGGAUAAGGGAGCUGGAGACUCUCGAAAAGUUAACUUUAUCGUUAACUUCACUGCGGACAGAUGGUUUACAAGUUCUUUCCCAGCUCCCUAAGUUGUUUUCUCUCACAUUUUCAAUCAAUGCAAAAGGAAAUGACAGUAGUGUUGUGGAGAUUCUACAGAAGAAUAAAAUUGAUUCAGGAGGAAAGAUCUUUGUACCGGCUGGUGGAUUUCUCAGUCUUAAACUGCUAAGACUGUCCGCAUCAGUGAUACCGUUGCUGAGCUUCCUAGAAGGGGCAAUGCCAGAACUUCAAAGACUUGAGCUACAGUUCAGAUUAUCUGAAGGUGCUUACGGUUUGGAAAACCUUGCAAGUCUUCAACAAGUUUAUCUAAGAGUCAGCCAGCAGGCUUCUGAAGCUAGUAGGGAAAAAGUGACUAAUAUCAGAAGUUCAGGCCACAGCCAAAUCCGUAUUCGGGAUCAGGAGACGUAUUUCACUCCACAUGUUUCCACGUUCUCCCCGGGAAGGCGGUUUCUCAACGUCUCCGCUUCUUCAGGUGAAGCUAGAGGGGCGCCAUUUCCAUUCAGAGUCACGUUCAGACUGACAGAGAUGCUCCCCCGCCAUCGCCAUGUCCGCCGCCUCCUCCUCCAUCCCAAACCCCUACCUCUCUCCACCAGCGCAGCCACCACGGCCUCCUCACCUCCCGACCCCGCUCCCUCCUCCUCCGACAUCACCAUCCCCACCGCCCCCGUCCCCGGCCUCGACCCGGCCUUGCUCGCCCCGGACGACGCCAUCGCGUUGCUUCCGUCCGUCGCGGACACCGAGGGCUCCGCGGCGGCGCUGGCGCUCUUCCGCCGCCUGUCCGCCCGCCCGGACCUCUGCCACCUGAUGCGGCUCUACGCGACGGCCGCCACCUUAUUCGUCGCGCGGGGGAACCUGCCGAUGGCGCACGAGGCGGCGCGCGCGAUGGUGGCCGCGUUCGCGGAGCGCGGGCGCCUGCGGGAGGCCGCGGACAUGCUGCUCGAGCUGCGGAGCCACGGGCUCCCGCUCACCGUCGAGACGGCCAACUGGGUGCUCCGCGUCGGGCUGCGGCGCCACCACCCGGGCGGCUGCUUCGCGCACGCGCGCCAGGCGUUCGACGGAAUGGGCGUGCGCCCCGACGCACGCAGCUUCCGGGCGCUCGUCCUCGGGUGCUGCCGGGAGGGGCGGUUCGAGGAGGCGGACGCCCUGCUGGCGGCGAUGUGGCGGGAGGGGUUCUCCCUGGACAGCGCCACGUGCACGGUCGUCGUGCGCGCGUUCUGCCGGCAGGGACGGUUCAGGGACGUGCCUGGGCUGUUCGGGAGGAUGGCGGAGAUGGGCACGCCGCCGAACGUGGUGAACUACACCGCGUGGAUCGAUGGUCUGUGCAAAAGAGGCUAUGUCAAGCAGGCGUUCCAUGUGCUGGAGGAGAUGGUGCGGAAGGGGUUGAAGCCGAACGUGUACACGCAUACGUCGCUCAUCGAUGGGUUGUGUAAGAUUGGGUGGACAGAGCGGGCGUUCCGGCUGUUCUUGAAGCUUGUUAAGAGUAGCUCGUACAAGCCGAACGUGCACACAUACACUGUGAUGAUUGGAGGGUACUGCAAAGAGGGGAAGAUUGCUCGAGCUGAGAUGCUGUUGGGGAGGAUGGUUGAGCAGGGACUGUCCCCGAACACAAACACAUACACUACGCUGAUCGAUGGGCACUGCAGAGGAGGCAGCUUCGACCGUGCCUUUGAGCUGAUGAAUAAGAUGAAGCUGGAAGGCUUCCUGCCCAAUAUUUACACAUAUAAUGCCAUUAUUGGGGAAUUUUGCAAGAAGGGAAGGAUUCAAGAGGCUUACAAGGUGCUCCGGAUGGCCACUAGUCAGGGGCUGCAUCCUGAUAAGGUGACAUACACUAUGCUGAUAACUGAACAUUGCAAACAGGGCCACAUAACUUAUGCUCUUGAUUUGUUCAACCAGAUGGCAGGAAACAGUUGCCAUCCUGAUAUAGACACAUAUACCACCAUCAUUGCUAUGUAUUGUCAGCAGAGGCAAAUGGAACAAAGUCAGCAGCUCUUUGACAAAUGUCUUUCGGUAGGGUUAGUGCCAACCAAGCAAACUUAUACCUCGAUGAUUGCAGGAUACUGUAGAGUUGGCAAAUCGACCUCGGCUCUCAAGGUCUUUGAGAGGAUGGUUCAACAUGGAUGCCUUCCUGACUCUAUAACUUAUGGGGCACUAAUAAGUGGGUUAUGCAAGGAAUCAAGACUAGAGGAAGCAAGGGCGUUAUUUGAGACCAUGCUUGAUAAACAUUUAUUGCCAUGCGAUGUGACUUGUGUCACUUUAGCUUAUGAAUAUUGCAGGAGGGAUAAGACAACCAUUGUUGUAUCAUUCUUGGAUAGACUGGACAAACGGCAACAGGCUCAUACAGCAGAUGCACUAGUGAGAAAGCUCAGUACUGUUGGCAAUUUGGAUGCUGCUAGUCUUUUCCUUAAAAAUGUUCUCAACAAGCAUUAUGCUGUUGACCAUGCAACUUAUACAAGCAUCAUCAAUUCAUGCUAUGAAAGCAAUAGAUAUGCUCUAGCUUCUGAAAUAUCUGAAAAGAUCUCAAAGCGGAUUUCUGGCUUUAAGAAAAAGGAUGUUGCAGUUAUUGCUUGA